AUGACUGACUACUUCACGGCUACACCUCUUCUACUCAUCCUUCGCAUGCAGCCCGAUCCUUCCAGUCCGUUCCCACAACAGUUUCAACAACUGGGUCGUCAAGGUUACAGUUCAGGAAGCAUUCUAGCCGUCAAUUGUCGACUGCUCGAAGUUAUCUUGCCUUUACGUCUGUUAUGGCUAGCCUGGAAAGGUUGGCGAUUCAGAACCAGCAGGUGUCUACGAGGCAUAAUGGCAUGUGAAAGACGGUCUAUCUUACGCGAUGAAACACUCACAGAUCUGCGACCUUCUUCGAUACAAUUCGUCCAUAAAUCUGUCAUGCGUCUAAUGCGCUUAGACCCAGGUUGUGCUUGA